AUUAUAUUGGGGACUAUUUAUGAUAUAUUCAAAGAGAAUAUACAUAAUUAUAGGAAAACAUGUAAAGUUGAGGGACAUGUUUGAAAAAAUUCUUAAUGAUAAAAGGUCCACGAGCGCAACUACUCAGAUACGUAUGCUUAAAGUCGAAAUUGAGAGGAGAGAGAAAUGGAUAGGAUGUUUUCAGUGGACGAUAUUGCGGGCCACUUUUGGUCGCCAUCGCCGGCCGCCGGGGCCGCCGAUGAGGAUGAAUCAUCAUCUUCCUCAUCCGCAUCUAAGAGCAAGUCAACGCAGGCGAUGAUGAAUCGGAGUAUGUCUGAGUGGCAAUUUCAACGCUUUCUCCAAGAGGCAUCGGCACCACCGGAAUCUUCAUCUUCUAGACCAAACGAAGUUGUCGAGAUCAAGGAUCAAGACGAGGUUCGAGACAAAAAUCAGGCUGUUGCCACAACCACUACUACUUUGAAGAACAACGAGAGCGGCAGAACAACUGGCAGUGCCACUGGUGGUGGUGGUGCAGCUGCGACGACUUCGUUUGGUGCUUCCUUAGCCGGCGGACCUCCUAAUGUUCCUAUUGAUUCGGAGGAGUACCAGGCUUACCUCAAAAGUCGUCUUAAUCUCGCUUGUGCAGCUGUUGCUUUGACUAGGGCAUCUUCUGCAAAAGCUCAAGAUUUUGCUGGUUUAACUGACAAUGGAUCACAAGCCUCCAACACCUCACAGUUGGGAUACCAAGUGCCUUCAAAAGGGUUUGAUCCCAAGGGAGCAAGUAAGGAAAGUGGUGGCCCUAUCGGGAUCCCUUCUUUGCCCAUUAUACAAAAGAAGGCGGCUGCAAUUCCAGUGAAAUCAGCAACAAGUGGAUCCUCAAGAGAAUUAUCAGAUGAUGAUGAACUUGAUGGAGAUACAGAAACAACUCAAAAUAUGGACCCCACAGAUGCAAAACGUGUCAGAAGAAUGCUAUCAAACAGAGAAUCUGCUAGACGAUCAAGGAGGAGAAAGCAGGCCCAUUUAACUGAGCUUGAGACACAGGUUUCUCAAUUACGGGUAGAAAAUUCUUCAUUACUGAAGCGUCUCACAGACAUAAGCCAGAAAUACAAUGAAGCAGCUGUUGAUAAUAGAGUGCUGAAAGCUGAUGUUGAAACAAUGAGAGCAAAGGUGAAAAUGGCUGAAGAAAGUGUGAAAAGAAUCACGGGUUUUAACCCAAUGGUUCAAACCAUGUCGGAUAUAUCAACAAUGGGUCCCAUGCCAUCCUAUUCUUGUAGCCCAUCCGAUGCACCCUCGGAUACUUCCGUUCCUUUACAAGAUGACAUGAAACAACAACACUUUUAUUCCGGCCAACCACCUCCCGCCACCAACCCCCACCAUCCUACUCCCGCCACCAACCACCACAUACCUGCUCAAAGAAUGCCUGUAAACCUCCCUCCCGUUGAAAACGUUCAACCGCACAACCCCAUGAUGCCGGAAGUCGGGCCGCCAAAAAUAGAGGCUCGAUUGGGGAGCCUGAUUUUUGUGUCAAAUAUCAGUUGGUGGUCUAGUAUUUGGAUUGUGCAUAUUUCUUCUCCCAUUGAUGUCUUGUUUAAAAUUGGACAAAUUGAAACACUGAAUGUGAACAAAUUUGAUGGAUUUUUAUUUCUUUUGGAUCUUUUGAUUCUUGAAGGAUUAUGUUCCUAG